AUGGAAGGACGUGGUAGAAAGUUGGUCAAUUUAGUAAUGGAUAGACACGAACCAUCAUCUAUUGACACAAUGACGUAUUUAAAUAAUGUCAAUAUUGUUGGUGUUGCUGAUCAGAGUGGGAAUGCCAAUAGAAAUGAACAAGUUGAGAGUAUUUAUUCUGACUUGCCAAGUUUGCGAAACUCUCCGUAUCACAAUGAAGAUAUUUCAAGCAUUUUUAAUAACGUCGCAGAGUAUGACACAAGUAAACACGAAUCAGAAACCUUCGAAUUCCAACUUUAUCCUCAUCUAGCUCUGAUUCUGAAGACUCGACUGCAACUCCAUUUACCAGCCAAUAAUAACUCGCAACCAGAAAUAUCUGAAUUAGUUUUACCAAAAUCCAUCGAAAAUAGUGCAAAUGUAGAUGGCAAAUAUUUAAAAUCAGACUGUGAAGAUUUUUCACCAGAUGACAGUGGUGAUGAAUAUCGGCCAGCAAAACGCACUCGCAAAAUGUCUUCAUCUAGUUCAAGCAGUUCCUCUUCAUCGUCAUCAAGCUCAUCAUCAAGCAGAACUUUACGCACUGUGAUCGAGGCUAAAACAAGUGAAGGCUUUCUAGGCAGUGCACCAAUGGACAGUCGUGGCAAGCAUGAUCAUCAUAUUAAAACUGAUCCAGAAGUCUUGGACUGA